AUGGCCCCCUCGUCCAAGAACACGCCGUCCCAAGCCCGUCCGCGUGAGAAGCGCUCGCGAUCGCGCGCCGCCAGUCCGACCUCUGCCACGGCCAGUGGUAGCGGCGGUGCGCCCACAACCACCCCGUAUCUCCAUACUUCCCUGCUGGUCCUGUCUCCGAAUCUGUCCAUCGACGCUCUGAUGGACAAGCACGCCACAAACUCGACCAGUCCCNCCUUGGCCUCGAGCCUGCAUGCUCUGCACGACAGCAUCCACUCACACGUCCUGCCCAACGUCCGCUCCCUCAGCGACGCUUGCGAUCGCAGCAUGCGCGAGCUCUCGAGGAAAAGAAAGUUCCGCGCCGACCAAGAACUCGACCGCGAGCGCCGCGAAGACGAGGCAGAACAGCGCAAAAGGNCCCGUGUCGCAAAGAAGAACGAUUCACACCGGCCUCCCACUGUUGGCGCCCACGGCCUUGCGCGCCAGGAUGGCCAACCUUCUCCUCCUCCCGAAUCCNCCUCUGCCAGCAAAUCUGCUGCCGAAAACGACUCUUCGUCGCCUGCUCCCUCCGAUGCCGAACACCAACCGCCCCCUGCUCCCGCCAUUGCGCAUUACGAAACCUUUGGUAACGACCCCACUCAGUUCGACGACCCUACCAUAUAUCACAUUCGCGACUGGACGCCCGACAUGACUGACGACGAGAAAAAGGCAAUCUUCUGUGUUGCUCGCUUCCCUCACGAUGAUUUGCACGACCUGACACCUGGUACCCCUCCAGAUAUGGACUUUAGUAGCGCCAAACCCGCCAGUCAGAUCAACUUCUCCACCUUCCAAGCUUAUGUCGAGCCCUACAUUCGUCCCCUGACCGAAGAAGAUGUUGCCUUUCUGAAAGAACGCGGCGACCGUGUCACACCAUAUCUUAUUCCACCGCGAGGUCCUAUGCCAUACACCGAAGUCUGGGCCAAAGAAGACGGUGUGAGCCAUCAUGAUUUUAACAUUCGUCUGCCUUUAAAUGAGCCUAGAGGGAACAUUGAAGAAAUGAACGACGAUGUCGCCGAAACUGCUCAAGUGUCGGCUGGGCCGUUGAUAUCACGUCUUAUGAGCGGAUUCCGUCAUGAUCCGCAUUUCCCCAAAGACGACCAAGCUAAUGGUAAUGCCGACGUCUCGAUGACCAACGGAGAAAGCACCGCAGGCGGUCAAGAAAACGAGCAACCCACAAACAACGAAGAACCAUCGGACACCGUCGCCUCCUUCAAGCCUGCGACACAUUUCCCAGAUCAGCACAAGAUUCCUCUUAACGCAGGUCGCGACUUUGCACCUCUAGAACAGCGAACGUUACAAGAACUACGUUAUUGCGGCUUUGUUACGCCAGAAGCAACACCGGAUUAUGAUUCACAGUACGAUGAUGAAGUCGCUGCCCGUCUACGCUAUCUGCAAUCAGAGCUCCAGCGUGUUUCAGGAGAGAAUACUGCUCGAAAAGCACGUGUACUUGAGUUGACAGAGGAGCGCAUGGCCAUGCAAGAAUACUCCACCAUCGCUGAUGACCUGGACACUCAGAUCAAUACGGCCUACUUGAAGCGGAACCGUACAAUGAGCAAGCCCAAAAAGGGUGCAGGCAAGGCAAGGCCGGGCGGUACUGGUGUGGCCAUUAGCCGAAACUUGGUCAGCGAAGGCGUCAAGAUGUUGAUGGACAGAAGAAAGGAGUGGAGGGAGCUCAUCGGUCCGGUCGUCGACUUCGGACAACAACGGAUACCGAAAGAGACUGUGUUUGACAUGGACAACAUGGAGAGGCUCGAAAAGGUCGAGGCCGAUGCUGGCGAGGAGGAAAUAGAAUAG